UUAAUAUUGUCUUAUUUAACUGAAAAAAAUAUGAAAUCUUUACAAUUAUAACAGGCGUGUAACUUGUCUGAAAAAAUGACCAGGGAAACUUCUGAUUCGCUGCCUUAAACACUAGAUGCCAUUUGCUCAAAAGUUGUAACAUGAUUGGUGUAAAUGCUCCAAAGACCCGCCUUCUUUGCUGCCAACGUCACACAGGCGCUGAAACUCCGGUAAAGUAGUGAUGUUUUGGUUGUCCAUGCCGUCGCUUUCACCUCCAUCCACGCUUCACUGAGGCUUCUCUUUCACAGGAGAGCCCCGGUGAGCGACUCCACACGCAUGGAGGUGACCUCGGAAGGUGUGGCGGUACCGCUGGAGAUGUCACCUGUUCCGGAGGAGGACGACAGUUUGAACAGUGACUGUGAUUACGAGAGCCUACAUGCUCAUGUCUCAGUGGUCAACCACAUGACAGCCGGAGCCGUGGCUGGUAUCCUGGAGCACACGGUGAUGUACCCCGUGGACUCUGUCAAGACGAGGAUGCAGAGCUUGCAACCAGACCCAAAUGCCCAGUACAGAGGUGUGUAUCAGGCUCUGAAAAGGAUGGUUCAGACUGAAGGGGUCUUCAGACCACUGAGAGGCCUCAACAUCACCAUGAUAGGAGCAGGACCGGCCCAUGCCCUCUACUUUGCCUGCUAUGAGCGGGUCAAACGCUUACUGAGUGAUGUCAUCCAGAGUGGAGGGAACACCCAUCUAGCCAAUGGUGUUGCAGGAAGUGUGGCCACUGUUCUCCAUGAUGCAGUGAUGAACCCAGCUGAAGUGAUAAAGCAGAGGAUGCAAAUGUACAACUCGCCAUAUCGCGGACUCUGGGAUUGUGUUCAAACCAUAACACGGACCGAAGGUGUCGGUGCCUUUUACCGCAGCUACAGCACACAGCUGACCAUGAACAUACCAUUCCAGGCCGUGCACUUCAUCACCUACGAGCUCAUGCAGGAGCAGCUAAACCCCCACAGACAUUACCAUCCUGCAAGCCACAUUGUGUCAGGAGCAGUGGCUGGAGCCGUGUCUGCAGCGAUAACUACUCCACUGGAUGUUUGUAAAACGCUGCUCAACACACAGGAGAAUGUAGCACUGAGCUCUAUGAACAUCAGCGGACACCUGACAGGAAUGGCCAAUGCCUUCAGAACAGUGUAUCGACUCGGGGGUCUGGCGGCAUUCUUUAAAGGAGUCCAGGCACGAGUGAUAUACCAGAUGCCAUCCACUGCUAUAGCCUGGUCGGUGUACGAGUUCUUCAAAUACUUACUGUCGAAACAGUAGGUGCAAUUGAAAUUGACUGACAGAAGGAAAACAAACUCCGAAAAACAACCCUACAGUGUAUGACAUCAGUCUGUUGCGUAAGUAAUAUUAAAGGCUGUCUCAUGCGAAGGUGCAGCAGAGAAUGGUGUGUUCUCAUAUAUUUAUUGAAGUAAGUGUGUUUUCUCUUUCUCUCUCUCUGAGUUGUGAUGUUUCACAAAAAGAAUAUGCAGCAAGACGACUACAAAGUCAUAUACAGUGGAUAUAAAAAGUCUGCACACCCUUGUUCAAAGCCAGGUUUUUGUGAUGUAAAGAAAAGACACAAGCAUAAAUCGUUUCAUAACUUUUUCCACUUUUAAUGUGACCCAUAACAUGUUAUAGGCAAUUGAAAAACAAAUUGAACUCUUCACGAGGGAAAAAUAAAAAAUAAAAAUCUAAAGCAACCUUGUUGCAUAAGUAUGCACACCCUUAAACUAAUACUUUGUUGCAGCACCCUUGGCUUUAAUUACAGCACUCAGUCUUUUUGGGUAAGUGUCUAUGAGUCUGGCACAUCUUGAUGUCGCAAUAUUUGACCAUUCUUCUUUGCAAAAUUGCUCCAAAUCUGACAGAUGGCGAGGGCAUCUCCUAUGCACAGCUCUCUUCAGAUCACUCCACAGAUGUUCAGUUGGAUUCAGGUCUGGACUCUGGCUGGGCCAUUCUAAAACCUCAAUCUUUUUGGAUCUUUGUCAUGUUGAAAGAUAAACUUCCUCUUCGUCUUCAGUUUUCUGAGAGUAUAUUAAUACACAUACAAUAGUAGGUGUGGUUACUUUGUGUGUGUCCACUUGUCCAAUUUAU